AUGAGCGGCCACAACGCAAAGCGGUUUCAGCACCUCUGCCUGCAUGAGCAGGUGAACUGGCAGCGGUUCAGGGAGGUGUGGAUGGCGGCGCCCAUCCAGUCCAUUGCAGAGUUUGCAACUGCCAUCGAGGCCACCACAGGCCACGCCCCAAAACUGUACUACAUGUUUGACGCUGGGGAGGAGUUUGCGACGUCGCUUGAGCAGCUGUCGACACAGCUGUGCAAUGAUGGCGUGACGGUGGCGCGGGUGUACGAUGUCAUGCUCACGUUUGCACAACUCAAUGAACCGCCACACAAACUCCACGCCUUCCUCGCAGCAUCGCUUGCGCACCACGACGCGUGA